AUGUCUUCCAUUGCACGGCCCCCGGAUCCUUGUCUGGUUGCCGUUGUCCUGAUCGCUCGUUCACGUGCUGGUCCUCGUUUCGUGUUCCAUUACCCUCCCAGACCGCUCACCGAUAACGCCCUGCGACCACCCAAAGCAAGACGUACGUCGCGUUCAAGGAGCAGACAAAACUCGAAGGGUAACGAUUCCACUUCCAGUGAUGACAGUCACUCAAGCUCCGACGAAGAUGAAGACGAAGCUCAGAGCCAGAGCCAUAUCCAAAGCAGUCAUAUCCCAGGGAGCAGAAGAUCGAGCAAUUUUGGAAUUGACGACGCCCUCACGGCUGGAGAAAGCCAACGGCCCGGGUCAAUUACUUCAUCCAGAGCUUACUUGAGGAAACGCGGUGCAAACUCAGAUGUCGAGAACGAUUCCGGCGCCGGUUCGGACAGGCAAGAGGACGGAGCGAGGGAAACGGACGGUCCAAACCGCGUCCCCUGGGAAUCAAUACUAGGUCUCCCAACGGACGUAUGGGAGAAGCUGCUGAGUCCCUCGCGUUCAUGGCACAAAAGACGCUUUGAGCUCGGAAUCAAUGAUUUGGCGUUCGUUGGUUGGCCGGUAUUCCUUCGCGAGGAUGGGAAUUGGAGAAAGCAAAGACGGAAAAAGAAGAAGAAGCAGCGCGCUGAAUGGGAAGGGGCGGAGCUCGGGCAUAAUGACGCGGCAGAAGACUCUCAGGACGACGGUGACGAGGGAAUUGUAGCAUCGACCGAGACCCUGAGUCCAUACUCGGCGCUUCAUCCCCCAGCUCAACGUUCCUCCGCACAUAACAAUCGAUCUUCAAAAGUGGCAAGCGACUUAUUGGAUGCGGAUGACAAGGAUACGAUGACCAUGUUCAAUGUCGUCUUCGUUCUAGACCCACCUUUAUUGGAAUAUUCGAUGCGUGUCCGGGAGAUAUACGAUAACAUCAUCAAGAAGUUUACCAAGGCUCUGAAAUGGGAACAGUCUCGGACAAACUACGUCUGGAGGGAGUCACAACACAUCUUGAACAUCAAAGAUAAGGCAAAAGAGAAGAGUACUAUAGCACAACAGCGGAAUUUGCAACCAAAACUAAUGAGUUCAUCCCUUGCGAGAGCGAUCUGCACUUUGUAUACCAGCAUAUCAGCUUCGAAGAUUGCAUCUGUCACCUUGAGCCCCGACGUUUCCAUAUCUCUCCAGAUAUCCCCACUAACCUCAACGCCGUAUCUUCCUGGACAGACCGACCAAGCAUACCCGGGGCUCUGGCUUACGACGGCGGAUAGUAUAAGCCCCGCGGAUGACCCAAUGACGGAUGACAACAGCGCUCCUCAUCAAGUAUUGGCCAAACACUUCGCUCUGCUACUGCUCGAUAAUGAGGCAACCAUUAUAAAAGAUGUGGAAGCGGCUGGGGGAGCAUUAGCUCCACCACUUGUUCAUUAUAUCCGCUGCUCUAGUCCAACAAAGUCCUUUGUGCAAAUCUCGCAAAUCUCCGGCAUACCUCUUCCCACGAUUCAGUUUUUGGCCAGUCAUCUGGUUUACUGGCGAAGGGCUCGCGCAAUUCCUCCCCUCCACCAGCGGGAUACUUACAUUGUGUCUCCGAACUGCGAUCUUAGCAAGUUAGAAGUCGCGUCGGCCGCUUAUAAUCUGGCGUUUCCGACACUUCCCAGCCUACCGAAGAUGUUAUCAGCUUUGAGUGGAACACCGCGGCCUUAUGGGAACUUUAUUCCGAGUAAGGACCACAAAGCAACGUAUUUCUCUAUAUUGGCAUGGCUGCUGCGAGGUGGUUGGGUCACUCAGCUUCGAUCUUUCGCCCGAGUGAAAGUAUCACCCGAAAUCAAAAUGGCCGUUGAAUUGGCCAUUCGACGCGAGGAGGUAGACAAAUACUUGACCAAAGGUAAACCCUCAAUGACUAUAUCAGACAGCGAGAAGCCUAUUGAAGAUGAAGGCGCGGGCAGUGACAUAGAUGAUGGCUCAUCGUCUUCGUCAUCUUCGCUUGCAAGCCAUGGGAGCGGGGACGAAACACCCAUGCCAAACCGCUUCAAAGCGGACACUGUCCUCAAUCUGUCUCAUUCCCUGCUCGAUCAAAAUGCAUCCCUGACAACAUCUUCUCUAAUACUUCUGCCUCACAAAGUCUCGCCGCUGGAAUCUCGAUGGUUGGACGAGAUUGUCGCACGAUUUCAUGAAAAUACCAGAGACUUUGUUGGCACUGGAAGUCCUGGUGUAGCCGAGGGCGAUUCUGCCAGUCCGGGUGCUGCGAAUUCACUAAAAAGCGUCUGGCCAACCUACGUUAAGUACUUUAACGGUUAUGACGCUUUAGAGAAGAUCCCUGUCCGUGAGGGGCUGAAGCGCAAGUUGGUGUCCCAAAUACUCAUGCGCCUAGGGCUUGUCACCGGGCAGUCAUCCGUCGAUUUCGAUCCCAAGGAACAAAUCUUGGUUUCGUUCAGACAUUGGUAG